AUGAACUUCUUCUUCCGGUCCCGCCCAGACACGAGCUGGACUCCCGCAGGCCCAGUAUCUUCAUUUCCUAAUCUAGGCGAAGACGCAGGCAAUCUCAUACAAUCGCGCCUCUGUGACGCCAACCUCCAACCAGGCUGCAAAAUUUUCCACGUCCCAAAGGAUCAACCCUCUGAUUCAUCCGAAAUACACAUCUCUCCUGAGAGUUUGGAGUCACCCGUCACCGGCGAUGCUUUGAAAGACCAAGUUGUCGUGUUUCAAUACAGAGGAAAGUUCCAUGCCGUUGAUCAUCGCUGUCCGCACCAGUCAUAUCCACUGUCGAACGGCAGUCCCUUUGAUAUCGAGGAUUUUGGAGUCAUUCUAAGUGCUGGGCUUUCUUGCCCUAAGCAUGGUUGGUCUUUUGAUCUGUUUACGGGUAUGUCAGAUCGAGGGACUUAUAAAUUGCCGGUCUGGGAGGUCCAGCUGCGCAAUAAGGAUGGCAAGGUCAUUGAUCAGAAGGGUGAUGACCAUGUCGACGUCCAUGACGGAACGGUCUGGGUGAGACGAAAACAGCGGAUGGGCUGA